CUGAGCCAAACCUACCAAGACAUUUAACUAUAAACACUUUUGGCAACAAUCGAGAGAUUCACUCCCGCACAUUCCCGGAGCUGAAAAGACAGCAAGUGUUUAUCCAGACACUUGCUAAGAAUAUGACUGGAUUUUAGGAGCAUUUUUACUGUAAAACUAAAAAUCUCAGAAAAAGAUCAGCCAGAACAGACAAAACAAUGCCAGGAACAGUAAGGCUGCGCAGCAUCAAGAGGUUUGGACAGGAAAAUGAUGGUUACGAAUUUUCAGAUGAAGAGACAAAUGGUGAUUACAUGACAAUGGGAAAGGAUAAAAAGUCCAAAAAUAGCAAGAAAGAAGAAUCGGCUAUCCGCGUUGGCUUCUUUCAGCUGUUUCGCUAUGCCAGCUGUCGGGAGAUCUGCAUGAUGAUUAUUGGGAGCUUGUGUGCGAUUGUUCACGGUUCAGCGCAGCCGCUGAUGCUGCUCGUGUUUGGGAUGCUGACGGACACCUUCAUAGAGUAUGACAUCGAGCUCAAUGAGCUUAGUGACCCGGAGAAAGCAUGUGUGAACAACACUAUACAGUGGAGAAACCUGACACAAGAAGAAAACCUGGCACUGAACAUGACCAGAUCAUGCGGGCUAUUGGACAUUGAAUAUGAAAUGACCAAUUUCGCCUACUAUUAUGUAGGCAUUGGAGCAGGGGUCUUCAUUCUUGGAUAUCUCCAAAUCUCUCUGUGGAUCACUGCAGCAGCACGACAGAUUCAGAUUAUCAGGAGGAUGUAUUUCAGGAAGGUCAUGAGGAUGGAGAUUGGUUGGUUUGACUGCACCUCUGUGGGAGAGCUCAACACACGCAUGUCUGAUGACAUCAACAAGAUAAACGAUGCCAUUGCUGAUCAGGUGGGGAUCUUCAUCCAGCGCUUCACCACAUUUGUGGUGGGCUUCCUCAUGGGUUUUGCAAGGGGCUGGAAACUAACGCUGGUCAUCAUCUCAGUGUCUCCUCUGAUUGGGAUCGGAGCAGGUCUCAUGGCUCUGUUUGUGGCAAAACUGACGGGAAUGGAGCUGCAGGCAUACGCUAAAGCAGGUGCUGUGGCAGAUGAGGUUUUGUCUUCUGUACGUACUGUGGCAGCAUUUGGUGGCGAGAAAAAAGAGGUGGACAGGUAUGACCGUAAUCUGGUCUCUGCCCAGCGAUGGGGCAUCAGGAAAGGUCUGAUCAUGGGGUUUUUCACAGGGUACAUGUGGUUCAUCAUCUUCCUGUGUUACGCAUUAGCGUUCUGGUAUGGAUCCAGCUUAGUAGUGGACACACAAGAGUACAGUCCAGGGACAUUACUACAGGUAUUUUUUGGAGUGCUUAUUGCUGCGUUGAAUUUGGGCCAGGCGUCUCCUUGUCUGGAGGCUUUUGCUGCAGGAAGAGGGGCCGCCACUAUUAUCUUUGAGACCAUAGAGCGUGAACCACAGAUCGAUUGUCUCUCUGAGGCUGGAUAUAAGUUAGACAAAGUGAAAGGAGAUCUGGAGUAUCAUAAUGUAACUUUUCAUUACCCAUCUCGACCUGAAGUGAAGAUCCUCGAUCAGCUUAAUCUGCAGGUUAAGUCAGGAGAGACAACAGCAUUUGUGGGUCCCAGUGGUGCUGGGAAGAGCACCGCGAUUCAGCUCAUUCAACGAUUCUAUGACCCCAAAGAAGGGAUGGUUACAUUGGAUGGUCAUGACAUCAGGGGUCUGAACAUCCAGUGGCUGCGUUCUCUGAUUGGAAUUGUGGAGCAGGAGCCGGUUCUAUUUGCGACCACCAUUGCUGAGAACAUUCGAUAUGGGCGUCCUGGAGUCUCGAAUGAUGACAUCAUCUCAGCAGCUAAAGAGGCCAAUGCCUACAACUUCAUCAUGGAUUUACCACAGAAAUUUGACACUUUGGUAGGUGAGGGUGGUGGCCAGAUGAGUGGCGGACAGAAACAGAGAAUCGCAAUAGCCCGGGCACUUGUGAGGAAUCCCAGAAUCCUCCUGCUGGACAUGGCUACAUCAGCUCUGGACAAUGAGAGUGAGGCUAUCGUACAGGAGGCUUUGGACAAGGUACGAUUGGGUCGCACCACCAUCUCCAUCGCUCACCGUUUAUCCACAAUAAAGAAUGCAGAUGUGAUCGUGGGAUUCGAGCAUGGCCGUGCCGUGGAACGAGGAAAACAUGACGAGCUGCUGGAUAGAAAGGGUGUCUACUUCACCUUGGUCACUCUUCAGAGCCAGGGAGACAAAGCCCUCAAUCAAAAAGCCCAACAGGAGAUGGAGGUAGCUGAAAGUAUUGAUCCUGAUGCAGAGAGAAAGAGUCUCAGCAGGGCAGGAAGUUAUCGUGCUAGCUUGAGGGCUUCUAUUCGCCAAAGAUCUCGAUCACAACUGUCGAAUGUUGUACCCGAAGCCUCUGUGGCCUUCGCUGGAGAGCUAGGACCUCGCUCAUACUCUGAAACCUGCGUUCCUCAGGGGAUCAAGGGAAAGAGCAGCCUUCCUGAUGAUGAUUCAGAGGUGGUGGAACCAGCUCCAGUGGCUCGUAUUCUGAAAUAUAACGCUCCUGAAUGGCCCUACAUGCUCUUUGGAGCUUUCGGAGCAGCUGUGAAUGGAGGGGUGAACCCAGUCUACUCUCUCCUCUUCAGCCAGAUCCUGGCGACAUUCUCGAUGCCUGAUCCUGUAGAACAACGGAGGGAAAUUAAUGGCAUCUGUCUGUUCUUUGUAGUUGUUGGUUUGGUUUCAUUUUGCACACAAAUGUUACAGGGCUAUGCAUUCUCUAAAUCUGGGGAACUGCUGACACGUAGACUGAGGCGUCUGGGUUUUCACGCAAUGUUGGGGCAGGAGAUCGGCUGGUUUGAUGACCACAAAAACAGCCCAGGUGCUUUGACCACAAGACUGGCCACUGAUGCCUCACAAGUCCAGGGAGCCACAGGUUCUCAGAUCGGCAUGAUUGUGAAUUCUCUGACCAACAUUGGUGUGGCCAUUAUCAUCUCCUUCUACUUCAGCUGGAAGCUCACUAUGGUCAUCCUGUGUUUCCUGCCCUUCUUGGCUCUCUCUGGAGGGUUUCAGGCUAAGAUGCUAACUGGAUUCGCCAAGCAGGACAAAGAGGCCAUGGAGGCAGCAGGACGGAUAUCUGGAGAAGCUCUAAAUAACAUCCGCACCAUUGCCGGCCUAGGAAAAGAGCGUAAUUUUGUGGAAAUGUUCGACGCACAGCUGGAGGCCCCGUACCAUGCCGCACUGAAGAAGGCUAAUGUUUACGGUGCCUGCUAUGGGUUUUCCCAGUGUGUGGUCUUCAUGGCAAACUCCGCCUCCUAUCGAUUCGGUGGAUACCUGGUCUAUCAAGAGGGGCUACAUUUUAGUAUGGUUUUCAGGGUGAUUUCAGCUAUUGUAACCAGCGGUACAGCUCUCGGCCGAGCGUCCUCCUACACUCCAGACUACGCCAAAGCCAAGAUCUCUGCCGCACGAUUCUUUGAGCUACUCGACCGCAUUCCCAAAAUCAGCGUCUACAGCAAUGAAGGAGAGAAAUGGGAUAAUUUUAAAGGGGAUAUUGAGUUUAUAGACUGCAAGUUCACAUACCCGUCCCGGCCAGAUAUUCAGGUUCUGAAUGGUCUGAAUGUGAGUGUUAGGCCAGGACAGACUUUGGCUUUUGUGGGCAGCAGCGGCUGUGGCAAGAGCACUAGUGUUCAACUAUUGGAGAGGUUCUAUGAUCCUAACAAUGGACGUGUGCUCAUUGACGGCCGUGAAUCUACUAAGGUCAACGUUGCUUUCCUGCGUUCUAAGAUUGGGAUUGUGUCUCAGGAGCCAAUUUUGUUUGACUGCAGUAUUGCAGAGAACAUCCGCUAUGGAGACAAUCAACGAGAGCUCAGCAUGGAUGAUGUCAUCUCCGCAGCCAAGAAGGCCCAGCUGCAUGACUUUGUCAUGUCACUUCCUGAGAAAUACGACACUAAUGUUGGUUCCCAAGGUUCCCAGCUUUCCCGGGGUCAAAAGCAACGCAUUGCUAUAGCCAGAGCGAUUAUACGAGAUCCCAAAAUACUUCUACUGGAUGAGGCCACCUCAGCACUGGACACAGAAAGUGAGAAGACUGUACAGGAGGCUUUGGAUAAAGCGAGAGAAGGCAGAACUUGUAUCGUCAUUGCUCACCGUCUGUCUACUAUCCAGAACUCUGACAUCAUAGCUGUGAUGUCUAGGGGAUAUGUAAUUGAGAAGGGCGCACACGACUAUCUCAUGGGCCUGAAGGGGGCGUACUACAAACUCGUCACAACUGGAGCUCCAAUCAGCUAAUCUCUCAAUCAGCACAUAAGAGAACUGGACAGGAUUUCAUACAUCCUUCUAGUGACAGAUAGAUGAAUAUAAUAAUAAAUCAGCUGAUAUUUGGCUGAUUAACACACCUUGUUGGCACAGAAAUAUUUGUACUGAAUUAAGUAAAUAUUGUGUAAAAAAUUAAUUUCAGUAAUACAAUUAAUAUAAUUGUAUUAGCUUACAUCACAUAUACAUGUCAAGAAAAAAACCUUAGUUAAUCUAAUAACACAAAAUUUUGAAAACAAGAACUGUUUGUUGCUGUAUGCAUUGUAAAAUGAAUGUAUUUAUGUACUAUCAAAUAAAACUUUUAUCGAUUAAACAAAA